UGGAUUCAAAUCUAACACCGCCCUUCUGUUGAUCUGAUUUGUUUGUUUGCUGCUCGCAGCUGCCGCUCAAGUUAUUUUGGUUUCUCGGCUGGAAAUCAGUCUUUAAAAUAAAUGUGAAGGUUAAGUUGAGAGCUCAGGGUGUUCAGUUUGGAACAUGUCGUGCAGUUCUCAGCAAUGAAUAGGAAACGGCUGUUAAUAUCAGAUGCAUUUAAAACAAAGAAACCAAGACUUGGGACCGAACCGUUUGGAUUCCAAGAAAAUGGGAAAAGCUCUGCAUUUCAAGAUGAAACGCUUGACACAAAAUCGGCCCUGCAGCAUCUGGUGUCUCUCUUCCCUCGGAAGCUCUUUAACGACACACUUCCUCCCAUCAUUUUGAAGCAUCAGCUUUACAGCCUUACUAAAGACCGGACACUGGUGGACAGACAAGUGAGUGAACUGAAAGAUAAAGGAGAAAUUCUGAUGUUUCAAAUGGGCUUCGACCCAGAGUCCUUUGCUAUUGUCUUCACAGAAGAUUACAAAGCAAAAGCCUUGGCGGCUGAGUCUGGCCAACAGACGUUUGGCACCGUGCAGAAGUUUUUCGACACGGUUUUGAAGUCCUGUAGUGACCUGAGCUUCAACAAGGAGAAAAUGUUGAAGGAGUUUAUAUUUCGAGAUCAUGAAAUUACGCAGCUGGUGAAAUCUGGGGUGCUGACAGUAAGAGAUGCUGGGAGUUGGUGGCUGGCGAUCCCAAACAGUGGACGAUUUGCAAAGUACCUGAUUCAAGGCCGAAAAGCAGUGCUUGGCAUGAUUAAGAAGACCAAAUACAAUGAGGUGUUAAGGAGGGACCUAGAGGGCAGAAAGAUGACCUCACAAGUGAAGCUGGGCAUUCAUUAUCAUAUCCAUGACCUUAUUGGAGCGGAGCUCGUAGAUUGUAUUCCAACGACAACAGGCACCUUACUGCGUGUUGCAGAUGGAUAAAGAUCAAGCCAGCGCAUUCUUGGACUAGCUGAUAAAUAAAAGAAUCAUGCCAGCAAACAUUUG